CAGCUGCAGGCGCUGAAGGUGGCUGAAGGUCACUGGUCUCGCUUUGGCAUUCCAGUAAUUCAUUGUACCCCACGUCAUUGUUAGUGUUUCGACCCGUGCUGCGAGCGCUUCUGAGAAAGGAAGUCUACAGUGGCGCCUCUACGGGUGGCGUACGAAGCUGAUUUGGGCCGAGUCAGCGUCAAGACGAGUCAGACGUGAGCUUCGAGUGUUCGAAUUGUCAUCGUCGUGUCUGGUCUUGUCGAAUGUCACGAAGUCAACGUUUUCUUUGUAGGAGCUUCGCCAAAGCUUUUUAGUUGCGUAGUUCACGAAAGUCAUCGUUAGCAGUGUGAGCUGUAAAUCGGGUAGUCUGACUGCUGCAUCUAGGCUACGAAAACGAUGGACGACCAGCUUGUGUCACGGGUUCGUAAAAAGCUCAACGACGAGAGCGUCAAGCUGUGGCUACCUCCUUUUACUGUGAACGAUCAGGAAGGAACCUUUCCCGAUAACUUAGUGGCUCGGUAUGCGACUGAAUUGCAGCUGGAUCCAGGUGUUGUGCUUGCUGUCUUCAGGCACUUGAGAUGCCAUGCCGUUGAAAAACUGGCGGCGAACAGGAAAUACCAAAGCACUGGCGUGGCUACCUUGAGAGUAAGAGUAGUCAACCCUCGUCAGCAACCACGCAAGGAUUUUGAACUGAUUGAAAUUAUGCUGCAAGAAAGUGGUCAGAAGUUACGAGAAGUAGUUGCUUCAAUGUGUGGCAUGGACCCAUCCAUGGUUAAAUUAAUCUCUGGUGGCAGGGUCAUCCAGGAUGGCAAUUCCUUGCAAGACCAAGGUGUGAGGCAUAACGGGCAAUUAAUGGCACUGGUUCUUGUGGAAACUGCUGAUGAGUCAAGAGAGAGAGAAAGGCAGGAAGUCGAACUGAAGAAUAUUCGUGAUGACGCUGGCCUUCUGUCCUCUGUUGAUUCAGAUGACCCUGGUAGCAGCAGAUAUUAUAUGCAGAUAGCUGACCAAACUGGAAAGCCUAUUGCUCUCCCCAUGGCAGAAAGGAAGGCACUUGGUGUUGCUAUGGUCCUCCAUGAGAAAGGCCGGGCAGCUUUGAAACGGAAGAAGUACAGCGAGGCUUUGUUGCUGCUGCUUGAAGCAGACAAAGAGUUCAGGACCUGCAAUUCAGAGCUCCUGACAAAAGUGGACAACUAUGCACUGCUAUGCCUUGACAUUGCCUGGUGCUACCUCUCAUUGAGAAGUGUUGACCAAUUGUUCGACGCAGAGGCACGACUCAAGGAAUGCGAAAAUGGCUUUCGUCGCUCCUAUGGCGAGAAUCUGGAACGCCUCACUGCAAUCAAGGGUGGCACCAACAAGGAAGCAGCCCUCUUCUGCCGUUUACAUAUGCUACAAGGCAUCGUGGCCUUUCACCAGGAGCAUUAUCCUGAGGCACGGCAGUAUCUACAAAAGGCAGCUGCUCUCAUUUCACGGCUCAAGCUUGACGACUCGAAACUAGCACAGGUCAUUGCAAUGGGCUUCUCGGAAUCUGUCGCCCGCUUGGCACUGCGUGCUGUUGGAGGAGACGUGGACCUAGCUGUGCAGCACAUCAUUGCACAGCAAGAUGAGAGGAAAGCUCGACAUGAAAAAGAGUUAGAAGAAAGGAAACUGAAGCUUCGAAAACGCAGCUUGGGCAAAACAUGCAAUGGAGAGUGGGUUAAUGUAGAGACUUACGACGCCUUGAAGGCCAUGGGCUUCUCGUCAAGCAAUGCACGUCAUGCUCUGCAGCAGGCCAACAAUGACAUAAACCUUGCAAUUCAGAUACUCCAGCAGCCACAGCAGCUGCAGCAGCAGCUUCCCACAUCUGGAUCCAGCACUUCAGUGGCAAAUACGUCUUCAGCAACACAGUCUCUGUUGGGAAUGAACCAAAGUGCUUGGGCCCAGUUAGCUCAGCAGAGCAUUUCACCUGAUAUGUGGGCCACAUUGGCAAGUCUUGGCAUUGACUCUGAAGUUGUCUGCGAGGCAUUGUGCCGAAAUAAUGGUGAUGUGGAUGCAACACUCAGUGAAAUCUUGGGGGACAGUGAGAAUGCUGAUGAUGGAAAGCAGCGGGAAGCCAUGGAAAGGCUCGCGCAUGAUAUCGCUGUCAACGAAGAGGAUUUCCUUGAUGUUUCCCUUGACGAAGAGCUUUCCUAUCUCAAGGAGUACGAGGCAAAGCUUGCAAGCUUGGGCUACUGAUGCUUCCUUAUGCUGCAGCCAGAACUGUAUUGUCAAUGCUUGGAGUUGUGCAUCCAGAUUGUACAUAAAAAUAUUUUCCUGCUGCUGCAGUCAAAUUGGGUUUGUGAAUGCAUGGAGGGAGUAUACAUCCAGAUUAAGCCCUAUACGUACCUGUGGUGUGAGGCAAUACGUUAAAGCCCAUUUUUAUAGCUACCACCAUAGCUCUACAGAACUGAAAACUGCCUCGCCUGUCCAUGCAGUUACCAAGUAUACUGGGACAGCAGUUUGAAGUGUAUUUUUUUAGUCAUGCAUGCAGUGUUCAGUGCUGUUUUUGAUAUCGGUGUGAUAUCUGCACUGCAUUAAGCUUGCAAAUUGUGUAACCUCUUCGUUAGACCAUGACUGAUGAAGCAGGUUGCCUUUUGAUGCAUUUGCAGAAGUGGUGUGCUGUUAACUGCCAAUUUUGAUAGUGCCAUAGCUUUAAAGUCCAGGGUUUUACACUGCCUGCCCAUUUUGCACAUCGCAGGUUGCUGCAUCAUGCCGAUUUCAUAAUGCGAGUGUGGUGCACUAUCGCACUGGGCUCCAGGUUGGCCAACACAGUUCGUUAACAUGUCUGUUCUGCCACAGCAAUGUAAUUGUUGCUUUGAUGUGCCAGCACCAUCAACAUGUUGGCAAGCAAUGCUGACCAAUCAAUAUUUUUUUUAGGCAGGUUUGCAGCAUACUCAAAGUUAAAUAAUGCCAAAGACAAUGACAUUAGCCAGAUCUAAUUUGUUUGUGAUGUCACACUUUAAGUUGAAUUUCAUUUCUCCAUAGUCAUGCCUAGGCCUUUGUAGACUAUACUUGCAUUGAUCAUUCCCAUUUAGUGCGCUUUGUUAUUUAUUUUAACUUCACUCAGUUUAUCUGGCUUCACUUUUUUCUGUGAUACUGUUGUUCAUUUUGGGAGACCAUACCCAGUAUUUUAUCAUGCAACUACUCCUGCUUGUUAUUGUUUGGGCAUUGCGUCGGGUUUAAUGAUGGGUAGUGGCAGUAGCAUCACAGGUUCCCUUCUGCACAAAAAUGUCCUGUGUGCCUGCUUUUUGUAAUAAAUGGGCCUCUAUCUUGUCGUUCAAAUGUUAUGGGAUUGUGCAUGAUACGAAAACCUAGACGUAUAAGGUUUUAGUUAAUGUCUGUGCUCUGUAUGUGUGCCUACCUGUGUCUUUUCACACUGUUUACCACUGAUAGUGUUCGUCAUGGGAUUGCCCAGUGUGAUACACAACCUUAGAAAAAGAUUGUCAUUGCCAUUGUACCACUUCACUUAAAAGCAUUUCGGAUUUGAUAUAAGGAAUUCAUUUCACUCGCAUCGUCAACUUUUUUUUCCAUUGUUAAAUCUGUUAGUUGUACAUUUUUGCAUAUAAAGUCUUGGUCAAAGAUGUUCAUA